AUGGAUAACGAUCAAGUACAAGAUGACAGCGGCACCGUCCCUUUUAUUUCCAUGACAGUGGACACUGCACAGUAACACCCCCCCCCCCCCCCCCCCCCCCCCCCCAAACCCCAAAACACUGCCCCCCCCAACUACUUAAUUUACACACCAGAUUGCACACCAUCCCUCCACCCCCCCCAAUGCCCAGCCCACCCCUUGCCCAGACUGUCCAUCCACUCCUCCUGCCCCCUUUCAGACCUCCAGUCAGACCCACCGUAUGGUAAUUGAUCAAAGAGACUCCGGGAAUCAAAUGAGCUGGAAGGACAUCAAGCAGCCGGUCUCUGUCCCCUAGCCUCCCCCAGCCUUGGGGAGUGCGGCUGGGCUAACGCUGGGCUCUGUGCCUCUCUACCCCCUCCUCCACCCCCAGAUCCCCCAUCCUUCCCCGUCUCCAGGCCUGGCCCUAUAAAAGCCUGGUUAAUGAAGCAUUACACUAACUGGCAGAUGUCCUGUAUUGUGACACGGCUACAAAAAACAAUAUGGCUGCAUCUUGCAUAUUAGCAUGACAAAAGGGGGUGCACUAGGGGAUGACAUGUUUUGACUACUUUUUCUCUAGGCUACUUUUUUUUUCUUUCUUGGGUACACUUCUUUUUUGGGCUUGAUUUUUUAUUGCAAGAGUUGCUUGCCUUGUGUUUCCUAGUGAGCUAUCGCUGGUCGAGUUGCUGUCAUAGACAGUUGGGGUGUUGGGCAACUUGUUGCUCAGUGUCACCUCCUGUCACAUUGGUUUGCAUCAGGUCAGGUGUUUUCUCAUACCAUCUGCAGACUGGAGACUAGAUAUUAAUGUCAGUCUGAUUGUUUGACAUUUUCUCCAGUCCUACAAACUAUUCACUGUUAUCAAAAACUAAAAUGUAUUAACUCUUGACAAGCAACUGCAUCAUUCAUCUUCACCUGCAUCAUCUGCUACUGUAUGACUGUUAUGAAUGAACUGAAGCAGGGAAGAGGAGAUGGAGUGCCAAGGGGGGCAUGGUUGUUGUUUGUCCUCAAGUCACACUUUUGAGAUAAUUGGGGUUUUGUAGAAAAUGCUGUUGAAAGGAAACAUGUCGCAAAUGGCUAUUUAAAGCAAACAGAGAGGAACUCAUUGGGGUGAUGCCAUUGUGUCAACCCCCUAAAUAACUGCCUCUGCCCCUGUCUGUUGGCCUGCUAGGUUAUGGAUGGACGGAUAUGCAAAAAAUAAGGCCUGUUUACUGUCUCUGGCUGGCCUGCGCAGGGGACCCUCACACACACCACAACGCGCACACACACACACACACACACACACACACACACAGAGAGACUCUGCCCUGUCUCUUCUCUCACACACAGACACACAUACAGGGUCCUGUCCCUAUUCCGUGCAGAGGCACCAGCCCCCUCCCCUCAGCCCUGGUCAGCCCCGCGCCGUUUGGAAAUGUUUUCUGCUUGAGUGUGCAGACCAUUGUUUCACCUCUUUUAAUCACUCACCAGCUGCUAGGGUCAGAGAAUGGAGCCCCACGCGGGCCCAGGUCCAUGUCACUUGUGAGGUCUUGGCGACGGGUUUCGGGGGGGGGGGGGGGGGGGGGGGGGGGGGGGGCGCACCGCCGCCUGCUGCAACCCCAGCAGCAGGCCGAUUCAUGUCGCAACUGUGAGAGAGACCCUCUUUCUCUCCCUCUCUCUUUCUUUUUUAAUCUUCCCCCAUCUCUCUGUCUCUAUCACUCAAACAGCCCCCACCGCCACUAUCACCCUCAGUUCAGACCUUAUGUUGUUGUGCAAGUUCCACCAGAGAGAGGAAAUGGCCGUUGAGCCCUUUCAGUUUAGCCCUUCUCUCAGACUCUUUCUUUCUUUCUCUCUUGCUCUCUUUUUUACCUUUCUUUCUCUCUCCCUGGACUGAGUGCUUGUGGGCAUUAGGGCCACUGUGGGACCGUUCCUGGCUGCAGCUUGAAAGAGUGGAUCAAAACCUCCUCAUCUCCAGUCAAGCCAGCUGCAGGGAGAGAGGGAGGAAAGCAGAGAGAAGCCCACCACCAACAGAUUAAGGCUGCACCCUAUUCCCUAUGUAGUGCACUACUUUUGACCAGGGCCCACAGAUCAGAACUACACCCUCACAGCAACAUGUCUUUCCUGCUCUGCUCUCCCUCCGCAGUCGUGUCAGUUAUCAACAUCUGCCACACUAAGGCUUUAAAGGGACACGUUCUCUUUUUUUUCCUAGUCGACAGGCUGCUGCACUGCAUACAAGGCCUCAGUGAUUUUCGCUUCACUCUGUGGGAAUUUUCAUUUAGGUUUUCAGUGUUCUGAGGCCCGUUGGCUGAUUUAGAAGAGAAGUAAAUUAUGUUUCUUAAAGAAUGUUGCUCUUACUAUCGUUACCUUCCAGUUUACAGUGAUGUGCAUACUGUACACACAUGAUGAUGAAGAUAGUGAAUUGGUCUCCAGUGGCGCAGUGGUCUAAGGCACUGCAUCUCAGUGCUUGAGGCGUCACUACAGACCCCCUGGUUCCAUUCCAGGCUGUAUCACAACCGGCCGUGAUUGGGAGUCCAAUAGGGCGGCGCACAAUUGGCCCAGCGUCGUCUGGGUUUGGCCGGUGUAGGCCGUCAUUGUAAAUAAGAAUUUGUUCUUAACUGACUUGCCUAGUUAAAUAAAGGUCAAAUAAAAAAUUGCAUUAGUAUUGGGGGAUCCAUCCAACACCAAUGUGUAGCAACCAAACACAGAUUUUAAAAUGUGUCUUGUAUCCGUAAAGUGACGACAAACUGUCAGAGUGUCCAUGUGUCAUGUUGUACCUGUUAAGACUGUGUUGGAGUGUCCAUGUGUCAUGUUGUACCUGUUAAGACUGUGUUGGAGUGUCCAUGUGUCAUGUUGUACCUGUUAAGACUGUGUUGGAGUGUCCAUGUGUCAUGUUGUACCUGUUAAGACUGUGUUGGAGUGUCCAUGUGUCAUGUUGUACCUGUUAAGACUGUGUUGGAGUGUCCAUGUGUCAUGUUGUACCUGUUAAUACUGUGUUGGAGUGUCCAUGUGUCAUGUUGUACCUGUUAAUACUGUGUUGGAGUGUCCAUGUGUCAUGUUAAGUCUGUGUCCAUGUGUCCAUGUGUCAUGUUAAGACUGUGUUGGAGUGUCCAUGUGUCAUGUUAAGUCUGUGUCCAUGUGUCCAUGUGUCAUGUUGUACCUGUUAAGACUGUAGCUGUUUUCGAAUACCCAUACUAACAUACUGUAUACUACAUACUUAAUGAGUAUAUAAUACACACUAUAUACUAUUAGUUAAUUUUAGUAUACUGUAAACCAACGGUAUCCUUUCUGUUGAGUGUACUAGCGCGUCAACCGUCUACCAGAAGUUGAUACUGUUGCUAUGCAACUUCUUGCUAGCUUGUUAGGAUAGCAAACAAAUUACUAUCUAGACAUCUUACGACUUCAUUAACAAUGUCCAUUGAGAAUGCACAACGACUAUACCACUUAGCUAAGCUAAGAAUAACGUGAAUAAUCAAGUCAAUAAACGUUGGGUAGUUAGUUAGAUAGCAUAUAUGUCAUGUCUCCUCCCGUUGCUCCCCUCCGGCGCUCUGAUUCGCCGGUCUACUGAGCCACCGGUCUGAGCGCACCACCUCGGCAACACCGGAAUGGAAACCCAACGCACCCUAAUCACCUCCAGCGCACCUGAACCUCAUCAUCUCAUCACCACCCCUAUAUAGCCCUGGACUGUUCAGUGUUGUGUUGUGUGUGAUUGUUAGUGUCUUGUCGUGUACUCGCUCUUUGUUGUUCUCUUGCUCAGUGUUAAGUAAACCUUUACAUUGUUCAGUCUUGCGUCUGCGUCCUGCCUCUUCGUAUCCUCAGUACUCGUCACAAUAUAGUUAAUAUACUGGCAAGUUCGAUGUAUUAGUAGCCAACUAACGUUAGGUAGCUAGCUAACAUACCGGUACAUACAAGCAACUGCUGUAAUGAUAUGCUAUGCGAUUCGUAAGGCUAGCGUAGCUAACAAAUUGUCAGCCAACAGAACGUGUAACGUAACUUAUUUGAAAAGUCAUUACUUUAUUACAUUGCUCAACAUUUUCUUAAUAUUUGUCAUAAUUAGUUAAAGCAAUUAAUUUGUAUCCGCUCUCGUCAGACUUCCGCUGUAUAUUUCCCGCCAUUUUCUUUAAAUCUGAAAAUGUUGUGAAACGACGCCCAUUUUCUGAAGAAUUGCAUUAUGGGCCCUAAAAGCACAGAAAUAGCAUCCACUGCUAGUAUACUUCGUAUUUUGGUGAAUGUAGUACGACAUCCGUGAACUUUUUGCAUACUAACUAUAUUCAUACUAUGACCAAUAAGCAUACUACAUUCUCAAAUUAUGUCACAAAUAGGAUGGUUAGUGCUGUUAGUAUGAGCAUUCGAACUCAGCUUGAUGGGUACUGAGGUGUCCCAUGGUGCCCAUGUGUACCUAUUAAUACUUGUGGUUGGAUGUUCCAUGUGUCAUGUUGUAACCUGUUGAUACUGUGUUGGAGUGUCCAUGUGUCAUGUUGUACCAUGUUAAUACUUGUUUGGAGUGGUCCCAUGGGUUCAUGUUGUCAGUUGUACCUAUUAAUACUGUGUUGGAGUGGCUAUGUGUCAUGUUGUACCUAUUAAUACUGUGUUGGAGUGUCCAUGUGUCAUGUUGUACCUAUUAAUACUGUGUUGGAGUGGCCAUGUGUCAUGUUGUACCUGCUAAUACUGUGUUGGAGUGUCCAUGUGUCAUGUUGUACCUGUUAAUACUGUGUUAGAGUGUCCAUGUGUCAUGUUGUACCUGCUAAUACUGUGUUGGAGUGUCCAUGUGUCAUGUUGUACCUGUUAAUACUGUGUUGGAGUGUCCAUGUGUCAUGUUGUACCUGUUAAUACUGUGUUGGAGUGUCCAUGUGUCAUGUUGUACCUGUUAAUACUGUGUUGGAGUGUCCAUGUGUCAUGUUGUACCUGUUAAUACUGUGUUGGUGUCCAUGUGUCAUGUUGUACCUGUUAAGACUGUGUCUGAGUGUCCAUGUGUCAUGUUGUACCUGUUAAUACUGUGUUGGAGUGUCCAUGUGUCAUGUUGUACCUGUUAAUACUGUGUUGGAGUGUCCAUGUGUCAUGUUGUACCUGUUAAGACUGUGUUGGAGUGUCCAUGUGUCAUGUUGUACCUGUUAAGACCGUGUCUGAGUGUCCAUGUGUCAUGUUGUACCUGUUAAUACUGUGUUGGAGUGUCCAUGUGUCAUGUUGUACCUGUUAAUACUGUGUUGGAGUGUCCAUGUGUCAUGUUGUACCUGUUAAUACUGUGUUGGAGUGUCCAUGUGUCAUGUUGUACCUGUUAAGACCGUGUCUGAGUGUCCAUGUGUCAUGUUGUACCUGUUAAGACCGUGUCUGAGUGUCCAUGUGUCAUGUUGUACCUGUUAAUACUGUGUUGGAGUGUCCAUGUGUCAUGUUGUACUGUUAAUACUGUGUUGGAGUGUCCAUGUGUCAUGUUGUACCUGUUAAUACUGUGUUGGAGUGUCCAUGUGUCAUGUUGUACCUGUUAAGACCGUGUCUGAGUGUCCAUGUGUCAUGUUGUACCUGUUAAUACUGUGUUGGAGUGUCCAUGUGUCAUGUUGUACCUGUUAAGACCGUGUCUGAGUGUCCAUGUGUCAUGUUGUACCUGUUAAGACCGUGUCUGAGUGUCCAUGUGUCAUGUUGUACCUGUUAAUACUGUGUUGGAGUGUCCAUGUGUCAUGUUGUACCUGUUAAGACUGUGUUGGAGUGUCCAUGUGUCAUGUUGUCCAAUUUGUAAGUCGCUCUGGAUAAGAGCGUCUGCUAAAUGAUGUAAAUGUAAUGUUGUACAUGUUAAGACUGUGUCUGAGUGUCCAUGUGUGUUGUCCUAACAGGAUAUGAUGUACCAGCUGCUGCAGGGACUGGACUUCCUGCACUCACACCGUGUGGUUCACCGGGACCUGAAACCCCAGAACAUCCUGGUCACCAGCGGAGGACAGAUCAAACUGGCCGAUUUCGGCCUCGCCAGGAUAUACAGCUUUCAGAUGGCCCUGACCUCCGUGGUGAGAACCUUACUGUUAUAAACCUGUUAUAACCUCUUAUAAACUGUCAUAACACCAAGGAUAUACAGCUUUCAGAUGGCUCUGACCUCCGUGGUGAGAACCUUACUGUUAUAAACCUGUUAUAAUAACGUGAAUAAUCAAGUCAAUAAACGUUGGGUAGUUAGUUAGAUAGCAUAUAUAGUCCCGUGUAGCUCAGUUGGUAGAGCAUGGCGCUUGCAACGCCAGGGUUGUGGGUUCGAUUCCCACGGGGGGCCAGUAUGAAAAAUAAAAAUUAUGCACUCACUAACUGUAAGUCGCUCUGGAUAAGAGCGUCUGCUAAAUGACUAAAAUGUAAACUGUUAUAACGAUAUACAGAUUUUAGAUAGAACUGACCUCUGUGGUGAGAACCAUACUUUUAUCAACUAUAACAUAAACUCUUAUAAACACCCAAUACUGAUUAUGUACUGAGUAGAGACUAUGCUUGACCAGGAUAUUAGUGCUGAGUGAUUAGUGCUUUUUGAGGUUGGUUCGGUUUCAGUUCAAUUAUUUAAAAAAGAAUCACGGUUUUCAAUGUCGGUUUCAAUAAUUAUUUUCACAUUAAAUGCGCUAUGCAUUGUGUGCAUUGAAUGCUGUGACAACACAGAAUAAAACAUGUCAUUAAAGUCCCAUGAUGGUAGUGACUGCACAUUACUGCUUAUCGCUUAUUAACCAUCCUAAUACACCGUCUCUGACGCUCGUCGGAUGUGGCAGGGCUCGCAAACUAUUACGAACUACAAAGGGAAACCCAACCAUAGACCCUGUGCCCAAGGAAGUGAAGGUAACCUGCCUAAAUGAUUACCGCCCCAUAGCACUCACGUCGGUAGCCAUGAAGUGUUUUGAAAGGCUAGUCAUGGCUCACAUCAACACCAUUAUCCCGGAUACCCUAGACCCACUCCAAAUCGCAUACCGCCCCAACAGAUCCACAGAUGACGCAAUCUCAAUCGCACUCCACACUGCCCUCUCCCACCUGGACAAAAGGAACACCUACAGUGGGGAGAACAAGUAUUUGAUACACUGCCGAUUUUGCAGGUUUUCCUACUUACAAAGCAUGUAGAGGUCUGUAAUUUUUAUCCAGAAUAUCACAUUGUAUGAUUUUUAAGUAAUUAAUUUGCAUUUUAUUGCAUGACAUAAGUAUUUGAUCACCUACCAACCAGUAAGAAUUCCGGCUCUCACAGACCUGUUAGUUUUUCUUUAAGAAGCCCUCCUGUUCUCCACUCAUUACCUGUAUUAACUGCACCUGUUUUAACUCGUUACCUGUAUAAAAUACACCUGUCCACACACUCAAUUAAACAGACUCCAACCUCUCCACAAUGGCCAAGACCAGAGAGCUGUGUAAGGACAUCAGGGAUAAAAUUGUAGACCUGCACAAGGCUGGGAUGGGCUACAGGACAAUAGGCAAGCAGCUUGGUGAGAAGGCAACAACUGUUGGCGCAAUUAUUAGAAAAUGGAAGAAGUUCAAGAUGACGGUCAAUCACCCUCGGUCUGGGGCUCCAUGCAAGAUCUCACCUCGUGGGGCAUCAAUGAUCAUGAGGAAGGUGAGGGAUCAGCCCAGAACUACACGGCAGGACCUGGUCAAUGACCUGAAGAGAGCUGGGAACCACAGUCUCAAAGAAAACCAUUAGUAACACACUACGCCGUCAUGGAUUAAAAUCCUGCAGCGCACGCAAGGUCCCCCUGCUCAAGCCAGCGCAUGUCCAGGCCCGUCUGAAGUUUGCCAAUGACUGAUGGAUGAUCCAGAGGAGGAAUGGGAGAAGGUCAUGUGGUCUGAUGAGACAAAAAUAGAGCUUUUUGGUCUAAACUCCACUCGCCGUGUUUGGAGGAAGAAGAAGGAUGAGCACAGCCCCAAGAACACCAUCCCAACCGUGAAGCAUGGAGGUGGAAACAUCAUUCUUUGGGGAUGCUUUUCUGCAAAGGGGGCAGGACGACUGAACCGUAUUGAGGGGAGGAUGGAUGGGGCCAUGUAUCACGAGAUCUUGGCCAACAACCUCCUUCCCUCAGUAAGAGCAUUGAAGAUGUGGCUGGGUCUUCCAGCAUGACAACGACCCGAAACACACAGCCAGGGCAACUAAGGAGUGGCUCCGUAAGAAGCAUCUCAAGGUCCUGGAGUGGCCUAGUCAGUCUCCAGACCUGAACCCAAUAGAACAUCUUUGGAGGGAGCUGAAAGUCCGUAUUGCCCAGCGACAGCCCCGAAACCUGAAGGAUCUGGAGACUCCAACACCAUCAUUAAGUUUGCUGACAACACAACAGUGGUCACCGACAACGAUGAGACAGCCUAUAGGGAGGAGGUCAGAGACCUGGCAGUGUGGUGCCAGGACAACAACCUCUCCCUCAAUGUGACCAAGACAAAGGAGCUGAUCAUGGAUUACAGGAAAAGGCGGGCCGAACAGGCCCCCAUUAACAUCGAUGGGGUUGUAGUGGAGCGGAUCAAGAGUUUCAAAUUCACAUCACAUCACCAACGAACUAUCAUGGUCCAAACACACCAAGACAGUCAUGAAGAGGGCACGACAACACCUUUUCCCCCUCAGAAGACUGAAUAGAUUUGGAAUGAGUCCCCAGAUCCUCAAAAAGUUAAAUAGCUGCACCAUCGAGAGCAUCCUGACAGGUUGCAUCACCGCCUGGUAUGGCAACUGCUCAGCAUCUGACCGUAAGGCGCUACAGAGGGUAGUGCAUAUGGCCCAGUACAUCGCUGAGGCCAAGCUUCCUGCCAUCCAGGACCUAUAUACUAGGCGGUGUCAGAGGAAGGCCCAAAAAAUUGUCAAAGACUCCAGUCACCCAUGUCAUACACUGUUCUCUCUGCUACCACACGGCAAGCGGUACCGGAGCGCCAAGUAUAGAACCAAAAGGCUCCUUAACAGGUUCUACCCCCAAGCCAUAAGACUACUGAACAAUUAAUGAAAUGGCCACCUGGACUGUUUACAUUGACUUCCCCUCCAUUUGUUUUUACACUUCUGCUACCCGCUGGCUAUUAUCUAUGUAUAGUCACUUUACCCCUACCUACAUGUACAAAUUACCUCGAAUAACUUGUACCCCUGCACGUUGACUCAGUACCGGUACCCCCUGUAUAUAGCCUCGUUAUUGUUAUUUUAUUGUGUUACUCUUUAUUUCAUUUUUUACUUUAGUUUAUUUAGUAAAUAUUUUCUUAACUCUUUCUUGAACUGCAUUGUUGGUUAAGGGCUUGUAAGUAUGCAGUUCACGGUAAGGUCUACACCUGUUGUAAUCGGCGCAUGUGACAAAUACAAUUUUGAUUUGAUUUAUUCACAUUACUUUAAUAAAAUAUUUCAGUUGUUUUGUAUAUUAUAUGUACAUUUGUUUUAUAUGAUGACUUUAUUAUUUCAUUCCAAGUCAUCAUCUCCUCUCUAUAGAGCUGCUGCCUAUGCUGUCUGACUAAAUCACUAUUUUGUAGUUCUUCAAAGUAAAUAAGGCAUACUUUUAUGACUACUGAAUAAUACCAACUAUCAAUCACUUAGAUUAGAUCAUGUAUUUUCAGGUAGAGAUACUGUACCUCGCGAAGCAAAUGCUCUCUAUCCCUCUCGAUAGCGCGUUCUUCCAUCUCUUCUCUCCCUCUCCGUGAGAGGAGGAGGCAAAGCGAGAGGAUUCACUCUUAAAUCUAUCCAAUAUAAACCCAAUGUGUUUCUAUGGGCUUAUUUUGGACCUAGCUUCUGUCUUUCCGCCUUUGGAACAAUGACUCCCAUUGUUAGGAUGGAGAUAUGAGCAUCUCGUCAUUAUAUACAGAUCUCUGCCCAUACCGACGGACAAGUAGGCAUGCAAUGGAUUAUGGUCCAUUGUAGUUAAUUACCACGUUUUCUGCGCUAAACUAUGUUGAAUAUUGGCCUGUUGGAAACUACAACUCCCUACCACAUCACACAGUUUGGGCUUGAUCUGAUUUCUUUCUAGAGAAAGUGCGUGUUGAGCUCACACAAAAAAAAUGUAAUUCAAAUAAUUGAAACGACUUCGGUCAAUUAGUUGUUUAAAAAACAAAAAAUAAACGAAAUGUUGGUUAAUCGCUCAGCACUACAGGAUAUACAGAUUUCAGAUGGCCUUGAACUCUGUGGUGAGCAUCUUAAAGGAAUAAUCCACUUAAAACCACAAAUUCCUAUGAUUUACAUAGGUUAAAUAACACAAAUAUGUGAGAACAAUAUAUGUUGUGAAAAAAUAUUGUUAUAAUAAGUUCGGAAGCAACAUGUGAAAAUUGUUGUGGAAAUCUGCAGAGCUCAAGUCGACUACAAAACCCACAAUGCAAUGUUCUAUCCAGAAAAGCUGUCUAGCUCACUAGGUAGCUAUCUAGAAAACGUAACUACAAACAAUAAUACCAAAGUCAAUAUCAGCAUGCGAAGUAGUUAGCUAGUUGUAAUUCCCUGAAACAAACUUCACUAUCAAUUUAGGAGUUACAAUAUCACCAUGUUCAACCUGGUAGAGAUUGUGUUUCUAGCAUAAAGCUGUGUGAGUCAGGUUGCUAUGGCAAUGCACAAAGGCCCUGUGAGCCUGCAAGCAGGGAGAGGAGAACACUGUUUUGCGCCAUAAUAGUUGAAGGAAGAAAGGAUAUUAAUCUAAUGGCGCGCUGUGCACUUUGGGGACAUUUGAACAACAUAUAUACUUUGUUGUGACGAUAUAGACAGAUGUAUUUGUUCUAGAAGAGUUUGCCCAUACCAUCUAUUGGCUUAUUUGGCGAUCUGGAGUGCAGGUAAUUGUUUUAAAAGCAUUAUGAAAUGUGAUAGUUUGUUUUCCCCCAUAUCCAGUGACUAGAACCUUAUCAUGAUGACGUAUUACAUCACAUUACAUUUCUAGGGUGGAUUAUCCCUUUAACGUUAUACCAGUACACACACUGCACACCGUUUUUAUGACGUGAUGGUAUAGAAUAUACUAUAUCAUGUCAAAUACAUAGUUCACAUACUUUAAAACAUAUUUUCCUUGGUUUACACUUUUGGGACUAUUCCAUUGGUUCAAUUAUACAGGGCAAACCAAACCCUAAAGGUAUUUCACAUACUGCUACAUACUGUAUAACCAGACUGGUUCCUUUUCAUACAGUUUCACUAGCUUUAUUCCAUAGUCUCAAUCAGCAUACGUCCGAUUAAGACAGACUACUCUUCCUUUGAUAUCAGGUAUUUACUGUAGAUGAGAGAUGAAAUAACAGAGGUUAUGUAUUGAGGCUGUGUUACUUCCCAAUGUAAAGCAUCAUUUAAUAGACUCCUUAUCUCCCUCAGCCCUCUCCAACACAAAAUACUUUCACCUGGGACAAACGACUGGCUUCAGGCCCUUACUCUGAAAACCUCUUCUCUCUCUCUCUCUCCCCAUCUCUCUCUCCCCAUCUCUCUCUCUCUCUCUCUGUGUCUGUCUGUGUGUGUCCAUCUUUAUCUCAUUUUCUUCUUCUCUGCUAUUGGUCAGUUAGUCCUGCUCUUUUUUUCUCCAGUUGGGUGAACUUCCACUUACUGUAUGUGUGGUUGCUUCCCAAAUGGCACUCUAUUCCCCUUUAUAGUGCACUACUUUUGACCAGGACCCAUAGUACACUUUAGGCCUAUAGGGUGCCAUUUGGAAUGCAUACUAUGUUUUACUGAGCUGGUCGACCAAUGAGAAGAGAAGUAUCCUGAGUGGGAGGUGAAAGUGAGACUAUAAAAGAUUGGGACAUGAGGCCACAGAAGUACAGAAUGAGAGAGAGAAGGCAGGACGUUCUCCUGAGACACAGAUGAAAAGCGGCUAAUGUGAUGUAACGGGCACUGAAAGGGCACCAGUCGGCAAGCCAGAGAGAAGACCGGUAAACAAUAUGGUGUAAAGUGAGAACGAAGGAAGAGCCGAAGAGAAUCCCUGAAGUGGAGUGGACGUGACAAGGAUGAAAUGGACAAAGAGGGAGGGAGGGAGCUAGGGGGGACAGAAAGAGAUUGAGUCAGCGAUUCCCCCCUCUUCUCCUCCCACCCUUCUUCCAUCAAGACUUUGAAGUGGGACUUUCACAGCCACAUCGCUCCAAGUUGACUUCGAAAUUGUCCUGAGGACGUCGGGAAAGGCCUUCAAAAUUGGCCACUAGGGGCAACGAUGAGCGAUUUUACCUGGACAGAGGUGGCGGACGGGCGUAAUCCCAUGACUCCAGAUCUGAAGGUCACGUGUUCAAUUUUUUAACCCUAUCCCAAACCUUAACCCUUAAGUUAACCAUUCAGAAUCCCAUGACUCCUGAUCCGAAGGUCACGUGUUUAUUAUUUGUUUUGAUCUGUAUUGUUGUGUGUCACAUAUGUUCUUUGGUGCAAAUAAAUGAAACCUAAAACACUCGUGUAUUUUUUUUUUUUUUUUUUUACCCUUUCCCAAACCUUAACCCUUAACCUAACCCAGCAUUUCCCAAACUCGGUCCUCACUUUUUGGUUUUUGCCCUAACACUACACAGCUGAUUCAAAUAAUCAAAGCUUGAUGAUUAGUUGAUUAUUUGAAUCAGCUGUGUAGUGCUAGGGCAAAAAACUAAAUGUGCACCCCUUGGGGUCCAGAGGACCGAGUUUUGGGAACCCUGACUUAACCAUUCGGACUGACGCAGAGCUGGAGGAGCAAACCAGGGUGUCAAACACUUCAACAUUUGUAAGUCGCUCUGGAUAAGAGCGUCUGCUAAAUGACGUAAAUGUAAAUUUGAGUUUGGAGCAACUUCUAAAUUUGACGUUUGAAGAAGCAUGGAUAAACAUCAGAAUCUGAAGUCAAAUUGGUAAAACCGUGAGAUCUUGUUGGUUUUUCACUGGGCUCUGAUGUCCAGAGAUAGCAGGACAGAGGAGUACAGAGAGCGGGAGAAGGUCUGAAAGGACUCUUUUUUUUGUGUGGGGAUGGAAGCAGGGAGAGAUGAGACGUUUUAGAUUAGCAGACCUUAAGGGUAUUUCAGGACUAACUGAGGACAUUCAAGACUAACUGAGGACAUUCAUUUGACAUAUGUGGGAAUUGUGAUGUGAAUAUAUACUAAUACGUGCCAAAUAUGUAUAGUAUUAUAUCACUAAUACAAAAUAAUGUCCAGGGGAGACAUUGUUUCAUUUCUAAAUGUUUUGGCAUCAACUUUGCUAAGCACUACCUAGAGAAGGAAACAGACUGUGAAGUUAAGAUGUGUCAUCCAAUGUGUGCCUGGCCAGACUCAGUCAUGCUGUCAGUCAUGUGGUCUCCCUCUGGUUCUAUUUGCUUGUCAGAAACUGGCGUUUCACUUCUUUUAUGACAGAGACAUGGCCACAUCAUGUUAGUUAGGCAGUUAGAGCUUCUGUUCUGGAAAUUCACCUGGGAAUCCACCUUAGGCAUCGGGGACAGAAAUACCGACUCUAUGUGUUUCGUGAGCAUGGGACCUUUGUUCCUGAUUUAAUGUUCCUGUGUGUGUGUGUGUGUGUGUGUGUGUCUGGAAUCCCCCCUAUCUCCCUCCCCAGUGCUGUGUCUCCUCUGACUCAGAUAAAGAAUGCACUGCCGUUGCUGUACUCAGUAUGCAAAAACACAACCCAUUCACAGUGCUAGACACACACAGUACACACACAAACACACGUGUGCGCACACAUAUGCACACACACAGGGGCACUCAAACACACACACACACAUGCACACAGACACACUCAAACACACACACUCAUAGUAGGAUUUCUCCCUUUUUGUCUGAUGGUAAAGGAUGGUACCCACCAGUGACCAAUAAACAGAGAGUGACUCGUUUAGACAUGAAGGUACACAGUUACAGGCAGAAGCCAAGCAGCUCAGGUACGUACAACUCAUUACCACACCUGGCUCUACGUGAUUUAUUCCAAACUACCAGGGGUACUGAGAAAUGCUGUCUCUGAAUAGAAGAACAGUUAUGAUAUGAAUCAAUAUGAGUCAUAUUCUGCUUUUAAACUGAGUAUAUGAGUGCUGAACUUACAUAAGGUGCAGAAAAGGCCUGUUGGAUCUUUCUUUCAUCAACUGAAACUAGUCUAAAGGCAGUUGACAGUUGAUGAGAAUUUACCUUCUCUUUUAUAUGUGUUGUGUGUGUGUGUGUGUGUGUGUGUGAUGGGGUUGCUGCUUCUCUCAGAGGCCCCCUGACAGUUCCUGCCAGUGAGUCCCACCUCCACCCCUCCACCAUCCCCCCCUGAGUGAAAGGGGGACUCAGGGACCACCCAUCAGGUGGCGCAGAGGUGCAGAUUAGGUUGACCCUGGGAGUAGCUGGGGGUCCCCUGGGGGUCUGAUGUUUUGUUGAUUGUUUUAUAUUGACCUCAGCCUCCUGACACCUGAUUGUCUGUCUCUGAGUGACAAGCCGAUGUGUAAAGCUGUAGAGUUAAGCUGACGGCUUCCAUCAAAUUGAGGAUUAUCAACCUUUUGCUUUUCUCAUAAGCACAUGUAUAAGGAGCACAUUGAGGGGGAAAUGUUAUAUAUUUUGGCCCCUAAAUCAAAAGUAUUGACAUCUUGUCCCCCCACACCAGACCUAAGCCCUAAUGGUCUAUUUCCUCAAAGCAUAUUUAUAACAAUAUAGCACCUCAUUAUUAUAAUGUAUUUGGCCUGUGGGGGUUUCCCUGAUUGUCCGUCCUUUCAUACCAAGGCCAGUCAUUGUAAUGGGAAUCAGACUGAUUGGAUUGUCCCAUGAAAGCCAUUAAGCUAGGUCUCCUUCUCAGGCACGUACACACACACACACACACACACACACACACACACACACGUACACACACACACACACACACACACACACGUACACACACGUACACACACACACACACGUACACACACACACACGUACACACACACACAAAUGCUCUCAGAGAUGCUUCAGGGAUAAUUUAUUCAGACUGAUUGUUGUUACAUAUUUGCAGCUACCAAAAUAAACUGUGGCCGUUGUAAUACCCAGGGUAAAGAGACAUACAGUACCAGUCAAAAGUUUGGACACACCUACUCAUUCAAGGGUUUUUCUUUAAUUUUAACUAUUUUCUACAUUGUAGAAUAAUAGUGAAGACAUCAAAACUAUGAAAUAACACAUAUGGAAUCAUGUAGUAACCAAAAAAGUGUUAAACAAAUCAAAAUAUAUUUGAGAUUUGAGAUUCUUCAAAUAGCCACCCUUUGCCUUGAUUACAGCUUUGCACACUCUUGGCAUUCUCUCAACCAACUUCACCUGGAAUGCUUUUCCAACAGUAUUGAAGGAGUUCCCACAUGUGCUUAGCACUUGUUGGCUGCUUUUCCUUCACUCUGCCGUCCGACUCAUCCCAAACCAUCUCAAUUGGGUUGUGGUCGGGGGAUUGUGGAGGCCAGGUCAUCUGAUGCAGCACUCCAUCACCCUCCUUCUUGGUAAAAUAGUCCUUACACAGCCUGGAGGUGUGUUGGGUGAUUGUCCUGUUGAAAAACAAAUGCUAGUCCCACUAAGCCCAAACCAGAUGGGAUGGCGUAUCGCUGCAGAAUGCUGUGGUAGCCAUGCAGGUUAAGUGUGCCUUGUACUGUAUCAGUCCCAUUUCCCCCUCUGCCUGGGCCCGUGACUUACCUUCUGCUUCUUCUCACUGAGGUCAAUGGUGUAUGAAGAUCCCCACAGGGUUGAAUCCUCAGGGUAAAUUAGACAGAUAAAAUCGUGUAGUUGAGGGUCAUAUCAUAACUCUUUCGUAACUCAUUAACAGCCCUCCACCACAUAAAAAUUAAGUUGGUCAAAAUGUCUAAUUAAGUUGGUCAUAGUGGUCCAUGAUGCACACAUGAAGGGUCUACAUGUAUGAAUUAUAUGCAGUCAAAGUAAAGUCAAAUCUAUUUUCCCAUUCAUGAAGCAUUUAUAGCCAAGCACUUUAUAUUAAUUAACUGUGCAGUUUGCCACUCUGAUCUAGAACACCAAUAUUAAAGGUCUAUGUAUGAAUUCUAUGCAGUCAAUGUAAUGUCAUUUCUAUUUUCCCAUUCAUAAAGCAUUCAUAAAUCAUUUAUAAAUCAUUUAUAAAGCAUGCUUCACUUACUAAAAAGAAUAGACACAACACAGAAUGUUAAAGCCAGGAAAUAUUAAACAUUUUAUUAACAUUUUCCAGAUGUAGCACAGAAAACAAUUGCUGAGGACAUCAUCGCCGAAGAAUCCUACUAUUGA